AAGAUUUUCUACCUAAAUGUAGCUUGUGAUAUGUUUUUUUUGAUAUUGCUGCAACGAGGCAAUCUGUUAGAAAACAAUUGGCCCUCAUAUUGUUUGGAACUCCGUCCGGGAAGAUGAUAUCGUUUCAAGGGGCUCGUCCAGCGACUCCACCCUUGUAAUCCAUUGUUAAAAGCUUGUAAUAUUUUUUUUAUGUGAACCUAUUGAUUAUUUUUUAGUAAAUGUAUUGCCAUUUAAAAUACCUAGAUAGGUACAUUAUGUAUUUAAUCAAUCAUCAUAAUAAAACGUAACUAUAAACGGUGAAAAGGUGGUGAAAACUGAAAAGAUAUACCUAAUGCCUAGGCACUUAAAAAAAUGGCUAGACAAACAAAAGAACUUUUACCACAUAAUUUAAUUUUUGUAUUCAAACAGUAUACUAUUACUACUACUACCUACUAUUUAAAAUAUUGUUCAUAUUGCUCAUUAACGAAUGUACCCACAGGCCACAAACGUACCUAAUGCGAAGCAAAGCUAGAGCUUUCAUGAUUCUAUAAAAAAGCUGUAAAAAUAGAUAAUGCAAAAGGAAAUUAAAAUACAAAAAAAGAAUAUUGAAUGUCUAUUGUCCCAAUUUGAUAGAAGACGUAACGUAAGAAUGUAUCUAGGCGAUAGUUUAAUCAAUAAUCAUUGAAUAAUGUAUAAUCAUAAGUGCUAAACAAGAAGAUGGGGUUAACGAGUCAAACCGGAUUAUUAGCCAGCUCUCCGCAGAAGUCAAGUUUAUUUAAAGAAAAGAGUACAAUAGAGCUAAGAUGCGAAGUGUCACCGGCUCCCUUCAUGCUACGGCCUUACGCAGGGCUGUACAACCCAUUCUCCCAAGCUUGCUCUGUGCUAUGCAACCAUCCAGCAGACACCACGACGAAGGAAUUCGUUAAACGGGCUAAAGACGCCUGGGUAUUGGAGGGAAAAUCUCACUACUUUCAAGAAGAUCUGUCCAAGUUUCAGGAUCAGAUUGAUAAAGAAAAAAAUAGAACUCCCCAUGACAUUGUUACUGAAGAUAUGUUUAGAAGAUACACAGAAACAGACUCCCGUCCACUCACUCCCGCACCGACCCUUGCCAGUGGAAAGUCGCGAGGUUCCAGACGAUGUCUCACGCCGGACCAGCCACGUCAGAAAACUACAAUAGUCUUAGAUCUACGGAGAAGUCAUAGCCAGGAAACCCUUUACUACCACGGGUAUACGACAUCCGAAAUGACAGUCGCACAGACAACAAGCGCAACAAACGAACGGUCGACGUUACCAUCUCUCAACCUGUCAGAAGCAACCCACACUCGACUGAUAAAGGGGCAAUGUGAACAGUUACCACCAUUGGCAUCACCACUGGUAUUAGCGAAGCGUGUUCUUAAAGAGCCAGUCAGCGUUCGCACUGUCAAGAAGAACCAGCUCAAGGCAUUGAAUUUGGGAAAGACACCGAGAAAUAAAAAGAACGAUGGUCCAGCGUCACAACGCUCGAAGAGUGACAAGGAUCUGGAGAAUACUCCAGACGAAUUGGUCCCUAUGGAUGAUAGUGGUACAAUGGAAAUGCGUAGACGUGGUAAGAGACGUCGUAAAGGGCGCGGUGGUAGCGAUCGUCUCACCUCCGCGGGACUGGCUGCACAAGCUCAACAGGACCCUGAAACACAGAUUGCAGGCAUUGGAACGGAUUCCCAAAACCCCAGUUCGCGUGCCUCCAUUGCUCCAACGAAUGAUGGUGAUAUAAUUAUUCCUCCUAUCGUCAAAACUAGCGUCGCUAAGAAAACUGACUCUUUCCUAGAUGAUGACAUUUUGAAGUACUUACACAGGGAAGUUGAUGAAGAAGCUAUAGAGACUGAAUUUGAUACAAAGCGUCGAUAUGUCCUACAAGAAGCGCUUCGAACUCGACCAGACCGUCCACACGGUCUGGAGAUGCAGACCCUCCUCAAGGAGAUGCGGAUACCAGCUGUCAGUCUGGGAGACUGGUUGCACAUACCCAGGGUGUUUUCCAGGAAGAACGCUAUAUUCGGUCUGCCGAUCGAUUCGAAUGAUUUAGAAUCUCUUACACCGAUGAUUUAUGCAGCAAGGUUUGUGACGAUAAAAAAAUCGAAGCAGCUGCUAUAUCUUACAGUGUUAAGGAAAUUUAGACCGAAUGGUUACAGGAUGCCAAUUAAGGAUAUACAAGAAGGCCUCACAUUAAUGAUGGGUGGUGUACUCACAAGUGAACAAGCAAAUCAAUUUCAAACUAUCACGGAAUGGGAUUGUUACAAAGAGGAGGAAAAUAACUCUGAUGAUAUUAAACUAACGUUGCUAGAUACUGGUUAUAGAAAACAGAGCGGCGGUGGAGACGCGGGGGAGGUCGACUUGGACAGUAUUAAAUUCAAAACUUGGUGUGGUCUAUGCGCUAUUUGCGAAAGGAUGUAUGGACGAUUUCCGCCAAGAGAAAAGGAUUCUCCCGAUGGGAUAGAACUCAGUGACUUCUCAAUGGUUGAAACAAAAAUCGUCACCCUGAAAGUUCACAGUGGGCUCGCAGAGAUUCUCAACGCGAUACGGACAAGAUAAUAUUAUAUAGUUUUAUUUUAGUUCGUUUUUAAAUAAAGAUAUUUAGCAUUUUAUAUUGUUAAUUAUACAUAGGUUUUGUAA